UUCUUUUUAGGGACAGUUAGUUAAUAUUUUGAAAUGCUACUUGUUAGAUAGUAGUAGUGAAAAACAAAAGAAAUUCUACAAAAUCUUUGAGUUUCUUGAUUUAGUAAUAUAUGUGUGUGUUGAAUUGUCCAUGGUAGGUUUGUCAAACUAAACCUAUGCUGAAUAAAGAAAUUGUCACUCACACCACCCUCUCACAAUCUUUAUCAAGAAGUAAUUGGUGAUGAGAGCAAGAAGUCAAGAACAAUAUAUUGAAAUGAAUAAUUAAGAUUCAUUUCUUUUGUAAUAUAUUUGCUUGUUACCUAAGAUAUGCAAAUGUUCUCUACCCAAUGAAACAAGUUUUAUUCAGCUUUUAUUCUUUACUAUAAAGUUCCUCUAAUUUUCAUUUCUCGGCUGCCAUUUAUCUGCCUCUCUUUUAAGUCAAACUUAAUUAAUUAACAAAACAAAAAGAUGGGUCAAUCUCUGAAGAAAUUAACACCAGGAACUGAUGAAAAGAAGGCCAAAGAACUUGGUCCAAUUAUAGAUGAAUUCUAUGAAAAAAAUAUAAAAAAUAACUCGAAUGACUUCACGAAAUUCUACCGAGGAGUAUGCGAGAUAGUCGAGGAACUUAAUCGAAAGCUUGGAUACACGCAGUUUAAACUCCCGAAGCCCGAUGACCUUGAGAGGGCAUACAAAGAACAUCAUGAUGGAAAAGAGAAGCCGUUGACAAAAGCAGAAUUUCAAGAGAUUAUGAAAGAGAUGAUUAAGGAAUCAAGAUUCACUGGUGUAGGAGCAAAAGAAGCACUCUUAUACAUCUUUGGUGUUCCUGUUACUGCUCUGUUUGUCAAGCAGAGAGUGAUGCCUCAAGCAAUUCCAAAUGAAUUUUUCAUUCCAGGAAUCACUUCUGUCACUGUUUUAAUUCUUGCUGCUCUUAACAAGAUAUGAUUUAUAUAUUGCGAGUGUGACCAACCUAGCUACAAUGUGUUUAUUGCUUUGUAGCUUUUACUUUGCACUUUUGCAAGUGUACAACAUUAUUGUUUGAUAUUAAUGUAUCUAUCUAUAUGCUUUAAGGUUUGUCAUAAAAAAAAUAUAUCUUUAUGCUUUAAGGAUUAAUUUCAUAAUUA